ACAGUUUAAUAAGAGAGCAGCAGAGUGGGGACGCUCGCUGUAAUUACUGAGCGUCAGAUGUUUGAAGAAUCACGUAUCUGAAGGGAGACAUGGACAGUAGUGAAGUGAGUUAAAACAAGUGAAUCUAAUGAGAGUUUAUGGAGAGCAGCUGCUGGUGCACAUGGUGAGUGAAGACAGAUCCACAGCGUUUCAGAACAGCAUGCUGUGUUUGGUAGAGAUGUCAGAAUCACGGGCCGACGGCGGACCAACCUCUCUGUCUCCAUGAGGGUUUUCUGAUGUCGUAACAUCUCAACAAGUCGCCUCUUUGGAUUUACAGAAAAACAAGGGGGAGCACACCUGGCUGUGGUCUGAAGGAGGGAUGCCCAUGAACGACAGGUGAACAGAUGAGCUGAGGUGACCCUCGGAGCCAUGUCGUCCAGUGAAGACUGAAGUUUGGACAUGAGUGCAGUGAGACGCUCUGAGGUCCUAGUUUAUGGUCCAAAGGACAGGAGGAGUCCAGGACAGCUGCAGAGGACAACACGGGGUCAUGGAGACGGGGCUCAGCUGACGGAGACGAGGAAUAACAGACCGACAGAGGAGCUGACACCAUCAGAGGGCCAGAAAGUCCUACAGCUAAGACUUCAGCAGAGGAGGACACGAGAGCAGCUGGCAGACCAAGGCAUCAUGCCUCACUCGGCCUCAGACGGCUCCUCUCUGGACGACCAGAUGAGGCUAAAGCGAGCGCGGCUCGCCGAGGACCUGAACGAGAAGCUGGCCCUGAGGCCGGGUCCCCUGGAGCUGGUCCAAAAGAAAAUCAUUCCUCUAGACUCUACUCUGACCAUGACAGUGAACCACGGAAAGUUCCCGAAGCAGGAGGACUCGUACGCCUUCGAGGAGGACAGCAGCAGUGAGAGUUUGUCUCCAGAGCAGCACCACAGCGAUGAGUCUCAGGGCUCGGCGUGUCCGUCAUCAGAGGCUGUGGGCAGCACGGCGUCCUCGUCCUCCUCACCGGCUCUCACCAGCCCCCGUCAGGGAGGAACAAGCCAAGACCCUCCUGAUCAGAGCCAGGAUGAAGGUCAAUCUGUAGCCAACAACAACCAGGCCACGCCCCCAAUACCUGUCCCUGCUAUCGUCAAGUCCAAGACGUCAGACAAGAACCGGCACAAGAAGCCCAAAGAUGUGAAGCCGAAGGUGAAGAAGCUCAAGUACCACCAGUACAUUCCUCCGGACCAGAAGGCGGAGAAGUCGCCCCCGCCCAUGGACUCGGCCUACGCCCGCCUGCUCCAGCAGCAGCAGCUCUUCCUGCAGCUGCAGAUCCUCAGCCAGCAGAAACACGCUCACUCUCACACGCCGUCCCAGCAGCAGCAUGUACACAAUCAGCACACGCCGGCCCAGCAGAGACAGCCGGCGUUCAGCUACCAGCCCCACCCUCCAAGCCAGACACACAAAGGCGUCACUGAGCAGCUCUCGGCCUGCAGCUCCAGCGGUCCAUCGAGCCAAACAAACAGUACUUCGUCCUCACCGGUGAAAAACUCAUAUCCAAGCCAGAGCACCAUCUCAGCGGUCAAACCCGGGCCUCUACCGGCUAAUCUGGACGACUUAAAGGUAUCUGAGCUCAGGCAGCACCUGCGUAUCCGUGGCAUGCCCGUCUCUGGCACAAAGACCGCCCUCAUUGAGCGCCUCAGACCCUUUAAGGACUCCAACGCCAGCUCCUCCCCCUCUGCUUCCUCUGACAUCACAACAGUGACCUUCCCCGUCACCCCCACAGGCUCCCUGUCCUCCUACCAGUCCCCGUCCUCCUCCGGCGCUCUCUCCCAGGGCGGUUACUACCCUUACCCCAGCACCUCCUCCACCCCUCCCAUUUCCCCCGCCUCCUCCGAGCUCUCCCUCAGUGGCUCGCUCCCCGACAGUUUCAGCGACGUGCCCAUGUCCUCGCCAACGCAGUUCAACCUGCAGCCGUCGCCCGCCCAGCUCGGCAUGGAGGACGGCCUGGGGGGAGGCGGUCUGAGCGGGGGAGCACAGAGGGUGGGGGAGGGUGGAGGGAUGGACGGGGUGGAGGCAGAGAAGGAUAAGAUGCUGGUGGAGAAGCAGAAGGUGAUCGAGGAGCUGACGUGGAAGCUGCAUCAGGAGCAGAGACAGGUGGAAGAGUUGAAGAUGCAGCUUCACAAGAGAAAACGCUGCUAUGGAGCAGGUCAGGACCCCGUCCCUCCUCCACCUCACGCCCCCCUCCACCACCAGCAGACCCCAUCAAUGAUGGGCCAGCACUUCUUUGGUGUGACCAUCAAACAGGAGCCCAUGUCUCUGUCCUCCAGCUGUCCUCUGUCCUCCCCUAAGCAGCUCAAGAGCUCACCUGGGAGCUGCAUGGAGGAGAUGGGACACUGCAGCGCCCCCCUCCCUAGUAUGGGGGGCCCCAGUGGGCCACAAUGUAUGGACACCAACCAGACCGCCGGCAGCCCCUCCACCAUGUCAGCCUUCCUCAGUCCACAGUGCUCUCCACAGGACUCCCCCAUUGGGAAGCCUUCAGGAAGCCCCCAGCCUUCCUCUCCUAAUAACCCCUACAUGCUAACACCUCCACUGGGGCGGGACGGCUGCCAUCACCCCCACCCCCAGGGAAACAACAGAAUACACAGUAUGCAGAUGCAGCAGAAGAAUGGUGGCCAGCCUGGGAAUUGUUCUUAUCCUUCAGACCAAAGGGGCCUUCAGGGAGUUUUUCCAAACUCUACAGACUGUGGACAUGACGGUCCAGCAAAGACAGAGAACCACAGCAUACAACCAAAGAUGUCAGUAUUGCCGUCUCCUCGGCAUGCUGGUCUAAAGAGCCAGGUGUCCCCCCCUGCCUUCAGUAGCUCAGAGUCAGAUGACUUAAGACAGCCCCCAUGCUAUGAGGAUGCAGUCAAGCAGCAGCUGACCAGAAGUCAGCAGAUGGACGAGCUGUUGGAUGUGCUCAUCGAGAGUGGAGAGAUGCCCGCUAACGCCCGAGAAGAGAGGGAGCGAUCCUCUGUAACCAAAGUUGUGCCUCACAUUAAUGUGUCCCCAGGGUGCCCCGGCCACCUUAUCCCGAGGUUCCACCGCCACUACGAACACCUGAGUCCCUCCCAGCUGCCGUAUGACAACGCAGCCAAUCACAUCGCAGAGAGCCAUCUAGAGACUCUGCUGGGGAGUCCGAUCGCUCGGGGAGGGGAGGUGGCGCUUCUAAAAAUGGCUACGGAGGACGGAGGGCAGGAAGACGAAGGGAACAGAGACAGCGAAGGCUACAGCAGCCCCCACAACCACCACCGCCACCUGCACCACCCGCAACAGGACAAACUGAUGACCAACAGAGAGCUGAUGGAUACGCCUCUGUCCCCCAUCGGCACCAAGGUGUCCUCCGUCCCCGAGGUGCAGGGCAUGGUCAGCAUGACGUUCAGCGAGACGUCGUGGGAAACGAUGGAGUGGUUGGACCUGACUCCGCCCAGCUCGGCAACGGCCUUCAGCGUGGCUCCGCCCACUGGGCCGAGCAUCUUUAACACAGAGUUCCUGGAUGUGACAGACAUUAACCUGAACUCUGCCAUGGACCUGCACCUGGAGCACUGGUGAACAUGGUGCCGACAAAGCAUGCUAUCCAAGCUAGCAUCAUUCUAACCGAAUACAAGACACCAGCCUGCACGGAGCUGAACGGACCGCUACACCAGCCACAACCAAACCAAAGAACUAAACGUGCCUUAACAGCUUCAGCCCAAACACCAGAGUCUGCCUUUAGUCACCAAACAGAGAGAGGACUGUUAGCCUGCAGCAAAGACUGUCUGCAGUCUGCAGGACUUUAGAAACACAUUUACUUCUGCCUCCACUUUACUGAGAGAUUCUCCUGAGAUUACAGAGCCUCCAAAGUUCAGCACAUGAAGGGAAACAGUCAUUCAUCAUAAAGAACAUUUUAGUUUCUACUAAAAACUUCUGCAAACUUCUGAGGAAAAUUAUUCAGUCCAGACGAUUCUCUGUGAUAGCUCAGAAAAAUUUCAAGGUUUUGAGAAAAUGUUUAACUUCUUGAAACAUUUUUUUAUGAGAUAUCACAAAACUUUUGCACGAUACCUAGAAUUUAGCCAAGAUUUGCGGGACCCAGAAAUGGUUUUCCAAGAUCCUGAGCAACAUUUGCCAGAGAAACUUUUGCAUGAUCUCAGGAACAUUUUCGAAGAAGGUUUAGAGAUCCAAGACACUAUACAAGAUCCAGAAACCUUUAAUGAAGACCCUAGAACGGGUUUGUAGAUCCUGAGAACUUCACGCUCUUGAGAUGAUCUUUUAUCUAGAGAUAAACGUUUUAAUUUUAGGAGAACAUUAGAACAUUUGUGAGAUCCUUAACAAAGUCCUGGCAAACAUUUUCAAACCCAGAGAGGCUUUUGCAUCAUCCUAAGAAACUUAACAGAGGCAUUAAGAAACCCGUAAAAGAUCUUGACAACUUCUAGAGAAACUUUUCUUAUCCUUACUAUUUUCUCAAGACCCUGAAAAUUUUGCAAACUUUAGAGAAACUUCUGAAAUAAUCUGAGAAACUUCUGCAAGAUCUGGAGUUCCUUUGGCUGAUACUUUUUGCAUGAUCCUGCAAAACUACUUUUUGUAAGAUCUGUUCAAGGUCUUCAAAAUGAUUUUCAGAUCUUUUGAGACUCUUGAAUCUUGUGCCAAAUCGUGAUCUUUGAAUAACUUUUGAAAGCUGUAGAGAAACUUCAAAGCAAGUCUUGAAACUUUUCUGAAGUCAUGAUCAACUUUAGCAAGAUCUCAAGGAUUUUGACAUUAACCUUUGCAAAAUUCCCUGAAACUUCGGCCUGAUUCUCACAAAAUGUCAAGAGAUCCUGUGAAACCUUUUAGAGAAUUUUGUAAGAUGCUAACAAACUUUGGCAAGAUCACAAGAAAUUUUAGUGACAUCUAUAGAACAUUUUGAAAUAUCUUGAGUAACUCCACUUUGCAGAAUCCCUAAGAUCAGGGAUUUUCAAACUUUUUUUUUUUGCCCAAGGCACACCUGAGAUCAUGCCGAAAUCUUCAGGCACACCAUCUUCAUAUCCAUGCAAAAUGACCCCUUUAAAUUUUCUUAGAGUAAAUUUAGUUGAUGUAUAGUUGGAGCUAGAAUGUGUGGUUGCUCAAAUCUCCAACACUCUACCAUUUAGGAACAACUGAAUGGCACAAAUACAUGCUAAAAUAUAUAUUUUUGCAUCAAAGUUCUUAUUUAAAUCUACUAUAGCAAAUCCAAAAUUUUUGUACCUGUUUUUAGUCAUUUUACACCAAAUUAUUAGAAAAAGUAAGAAAACAGUAAUACUACAGAAAAUGUUAUUUUUCGAAGAGGUUGUGCAAUUUCUUCAUACUUGUAUAGUUAAUGUAAACAUGCAUGGUUGUACAAAUUCCCAAGGCACACCUGAAAUUGCCUCAAGGGUCACCAGUGUGCCUCGCCACACCGUUUGAGAACCACUGCCUUAGAUAAUUGUCACUGUCAGAUUUAAGGAGGCAAACAGUCUGGUCCAGACUACAGAACAUCCAAACUGCUCACUUGAUUAAAAACUUAUUGAGGAAACUUCUCACACAUUCUCAAAGUCUGACUAAACUUUAUCAGGAAGGAGUCACGUUUUUUUUCCCAUCGUGCUCCUUUGGAGGCUCCGUUCUGUAUCGUACUGAUCUGAAUCUAAGGAAAAGGUGCUUUUUCAGACCAGCUUUGUCUUUUUGGACAAGAAUGUCAAACUGCCAGCAAGUAUCUCUGCAGACCUGUGAAGGUUCAUUAAUGAUGUACAACCCGAUGACGUGCUUUAUUCAACACUUUAUGCAUUAUCAGUGUUACACCACGUAGACUUGAAGACACAUGUUGACAAUCAUUGUACAUUUUCUGCGUUUGUAUUACUGGAAAAUAACAGAUGGACAUACAAAGUGAAUUGGAUGCUUCCACACAGCCAUGUUGUAAAUAUCCGGACUAUUCGUACUGACAGAGAUGAGUUGACGUCUGCAUAUUUUGUCAGCGGCGUGGGAGAACACUGACCACAAAUCAAGUGUAAUAUGUAAUCAGAUUAUUAUCCAUGUAAAUAUGACAGCAAAGAUCUCACUGAGCACCUCGACAUAAAGACACGUAUUUCACUGUUUGCUUGAGCGUAGAGACUGCGUAGAGACUGCGUAGAAAUGUUUGUCAUGCUUUUGAAGGACUUUUCACUGUUUUUAUCCACAGAAUCAGGUUUUAUUUAAAAAAAAAAAAAAAAAACAACCUUUGGUCUUAUUGGUUUUAAUCACCCGGAAAAUAUUUCCAACAUGUUUUUAUCCCAGCUUCCCUGUUGAAAUGUACAAUUAUUCUGAUGAUAUAAUGCUGCCUUCAAAUGGAACUAUAUAAGUCGUCAGGUUGUGUCGUUUAUCCUCAGAGCAGGGGCGCAGCACCGGGGGGGGGGUUCUGAUUACCCGGGCCCACAGUAGGGAGGGGGCCAUUGAAUGAAAAGAGGAUUUGAAUUUAUUUUUCUUAGUAAUUAGUGUCAUUAUUGAAUCAAAAGUGAAUGAAUAAGUUGGUCCACAGAUUGAAAUUUGUAUUAAAAAUGUCCAAAUGGUGUUGUCCAGUGCUGUGAAAUAAUGGAGGUAAAUCCAGUUUAACCACAGUAAAAAUGAUGGUUCAAAAAUACAUUAAAAUGCAUAUGUAUUUGUAAAAAUUAAGCAACAUUUGUUGCAUGGCAAGCUGGUUAAAGGGGGGCCUUGUGUGAUAUUCUUUCUGGGGGCCCAAAAUCCUGAGCUACACCCCUGCUCAGACUGGACUUUUGGUUUGGAAUGAAUCUUUAGUUUUCCCUUUUUUUUUGAGGAAAGUAGGACCUCAUAAGUUAAAACAUCAGCCUUGUCUUUUAACAGGGACUUAUUGGAAAAUUUUCUUUCCAGAAUCCAUCAAAAAUUCCCUAAAAUUUCAAAGAAAUUACAAGGGAUGCAUGAUAACCGAUAUGCCAGUAGUUAUAGAUUAAUUUAAGCAGAUAUCAAAACCAAUAUUUAAAUAUGUUCUUCAGACUUAAAUCUUCAGUCCAUUGAACUCUUUAAGGUUAAAGGAUGAACAAAGAAACAAACUUUAAUCUCUCAAACAGACUUUAGAGAAUGAAGAUAAAUAAAGAAAAAGACCUGAACUGACCUAGGUCUGUGUUUCCACUUAAAUCUCCACUAACUUAUAUUUAUGGCCAGAAUAUUCAGUCCAUGUACGCAGAAAUUUACAGCCAAAAUAUCAGAUGUAAAUAUUGGCUGAAAAUUUAAUAACUGCCGGUACUGAUAUCAGGCCGUUAACGUCAUCCAUCCCUAGAAAUUACCUUAAAUUCUGUGAAAAUAAAGUUUCUCAUAAAAAAGUAGCCCAAAAUUUACUUGAAAAAUCCCAAAAUGUUUUAGUAAAACUUUAUCAUAAAGCCUGGAUAUUCCAAUAAAAAAAAAUCCCAUUUAAAUUUUGGAAAAUCCCAAAACUACAAAGCUAAUCUACAAUAAAACGUCCAUUACCCUCCCCAUAUUCCAUGAAGAUGACAGAAACAUCCACACGCCCAAAAAAAAUCCCUUAAAUCUCCAUUGAAAUUCCUGAAAAUGUGUAAAGAACACCCCUACCCAAUUCCCAAUUUCAAUUUCUUCAAAAUGCAAAAAUUCAUCUCCCAAAUUUCCAAAGAAGGGCCUGAAAAAAUUCCUGAGAGAUUUUGCCAAACAUCCAAAAUAACUUCAAUGAAAAAGUCAAAAAUUUCUUCAAAACUUCCAGUGAAACUCAACAGUCGUAUUUGAAGGCGCCAUUAUAACCUAGAGCUCCCCAGCAUCAGCUCUUCUUUUAUAUUUGACCAAUUUAUGACACUCUUUGUCUCAAAAUGUACUUUUAAAAAAAAUCUAGGCCAAUCCGUACUAUUUAUUUUUUGUUUUUUUAAUGUAUUCUUUAUCAUGUAUUUAUACUGACAUUCCUUUCUUAUAGAUCGGGUUUUUGGAGUUUCUAGAAGCAUAGCGCCGUUUAGACCACGGAUAUUUACUAGUUAAUCAGGUCUUUUCUCAAAAAUGUGAUAAAAAGUGAAGGAACCACUUUGAUAAGCCAUGUUUUCUUAUGUCACUGAUCAUAUGAAGUGGAAACGACCAUUUUAAGCACUUGUGAAUAGGAAAUGUAAUAUAUUCAGAUCUCUACUGUGAAUACUGCAUAUCAGCACAGCGCUAGCCUACCAAAACCAGCCUUUACAUGCAGUAGAUCCACUAAUGGAAGAAUAUCAGACUCCAAACAAGCUGAAGGUGUCAGGUUUGCUCAGUUUCAUUCUUCUUCACACUUUUGAAUACCAAAGAAAAGACGUUUGACAGCACUGAUGUUCUUCCAGUCACGGUACGGUUCAUUUUGCAGUCAUUCUUCCUGAUCACAUUGGACAGAAGCUUCCAUGUUGCUUGGCCACUGACUUGCUUUAUUUUGUAAAAACAGAGUCUUCCUGUUUCUGUGUAUUCUACAGAAAGACGAGCAAUAAACGUAUCACAGCAAAGAUCACGUCUGCAGUCUGAUUAGUGGGCGACCCAGGAAGUUUGAGGGGUAAUACAAAGGGGACCUGCUGUGAUGGGACACCAACGUACACACAUUUUUAUACAGUUUUAAUAAAGUCAAAUUCAUAUUAACGUCAUUAUUUUCACCACUAUUAGACGUGUCAGAGUAGCCAAUUAAUCUAGUUUAGAGGGCACCAAAGAUAAUUCAAGUUUGUCCGUGUGUAGAGGAGAAACUUUCAGUUUAACACUGUUCCACAUUAU